UUCCUAGUAAUAAUCUGUUUCCCGUUUCCCGUUUCCACGUUCACCUCCAAACCAAAACCGCACUCUCUCGCUAUCUUCUGUUCAUCUUUGGGACUCAACACAACGAUGUCUGCUAUAUCCAAUUCGUUGGUUUUAACGAAAACCCCUCAACUCCAGUUAUCAGCUGGAUCAAAUCUGAAAACUGCUGAUAAACGAUUUGGGAGUGUUUCCCCUACCCGCUUGUUACUCAAUCCUGGUUGGGUGGGAAAGGCCAAGCUUUCUACAUUUAGGCGGCCACUUUCAGUUCAAGCUGCAUAUAGUGAUGGUGGACGGUCAAGCAGUGCAGGCAUUUUUAUUGGAGGUUUUGUAUUGGGAGGGCUCAUAGUUGGAACGCUUGGCUGUGUAUAUGCCCCUCAGAUUAGCAAGGCACUUGCUGGAACAGACCGAAAAGAUUUGAUGAGGAAACUUCCCAAGUUCAUAUAUGAUGAAGAAAAAGCCGUAGAGAAAACAAGAAAAGUGCUGGCACAGAAGAUUGAACAGUUGAACUCUGCCAUUGAUGAGGUUUCUUCUCAGCUCCGUACGGAGGAUUCCCCAAAUGGAGUGGCCGUAAACUCUGAUGAAGUUGAACCUGCCAUUUGAAAGUAUCGUUACCUUGGUUUUCACCGCCCACCGGGACUAAGAAUAUUAGUUAAUUUUCUAGCUAUUAUCUUUGAUUUUCUGUCUUGAAACGUUUGGAACUGAACUUUGAUGUGCAUUACACAUCAAUACGUAAUGUGAUGCUAUGAUCACUCAGAUGCUCCUUCUAAAGUUGAAUAGUUUGUAGAAGAGCAUUCUUGCUGUUUCCUACUCUGUAAACGAACAGCCAUUGUUUUGUAUUUGAAAAUCACAUAUUUCAUUCCUUCCUCUUA